AUGCAAGCAAACUCAAAGCCCACUAAUAAGAAGGGAUCUAUUGAGAAGAAGGUUCUCGCUCUCAAAGAGAGAAACGAGAUAUUGGAAGGAACCAACACUCAACUCUCGAAUAUCAUAACACAACAACAACAAGAAAUUCGAACUUUAGAAACAGCGCUCGAGUUGGCUUCGGGACAAGAUGCUCAACAAUUCUAUAACUUUGGAGCCUAUCAACUCGAAAAUCAAAAGCUCCGAGAGGAAUUUCAGAGAGUACAAGCAGAGAUGGAACAACUUCAUUCGGAAAAGGAAUCAUUCGAGAAUGAAUUGGAAAUUAAAAAACAAGAAAUUGCCGAGUUGGAGAUGCAAAAAGAAAACCUCAUGUCUCUAGUGGAUAAUCAAAAUAAGGAAUUGUCUGCUCUCAAGAAUGUUUCUGAGAUGUUAAAGGAAAAGGCGUCACUUCUCAAAAGAUCUGAUUCAGAACUUGUAAAAACACGCAAAGAAUUGGAGUCCGUCCGAUCUCAAUUUCAAAUAUUGGAGAAGGAUUAUGCCAACGAGAGAGAAUUGCGAGAGCAAGCAGAAAAAAGAUUUGAUGACUUGAAGCAAUCAUCAGAAAAUGAAACUGGUUCUCUUCGAGAGCAACUUGAUACCUUUGCAGACAUGAACUUUAAAUAUCAAAAACAAUUGAACGAGUUAAAAUCUGAAAAUGUGCAAAUGAGGGAAAUGUCAGACACAAUGACCCUCAAAACAAAGGAGCUUGAAGAGGUCAUAAAACUACUAAAGGAAGAGAGAAAGAGCUCUGAAGAGGAAUUAUGUAAUCGAUUGAAAGAGAGAAUUUCACAACUCACUCAACUGAAUGGCGAAAAGGAUGCAAUUCUUAACUCACAAAAGGAACUACAAUUCAAAUUGAUGGAAAAGGAAGAAGCGUUGAGGCUGAAAGAAGACCAUUUGAACAAGUUGGAGCAGCAAAUCACAAACCAAGGAGAAAACAAGAAGAUUAUGCAAAAGACUCUCUUACAACAAUUGGAAACUCUUCGAAGAGAAAUUCAAGAAAAAGAUACUGAAAUCUCUAAUCUUAAAGAAUACAUUGACAACAUGGAAAAGGACAACAACAAACUAAAAAUUCUAGUCAAAGCCUUAAAGAGAAAUCAAGAACAACGGUCACAACUGCUUGGUAAGGAGAAGGGAAUUACAGCUGUAUUAGGAGGAAGUUCGGUCAAUUCAUCUCAAAUUACAAACGUCUCUGCCGUCAUGGACGCUCGUGAAGACGAUGUGAAAAGCGUGUGUUCAUCCGUAUCCAACUACAGUGCUGCUAGAGAACCGGAAAAACCACCAUUGAGCGCCUCAUCGAAGACUGCCUCGACCAGAAUUGAUUCCAGCUAUGCAACCAUUUCACCAAAAUCGAAUACUGAGCAAGAAACUCCAACACGUCAACUAAGCUAUGGAAGUCCAAGCAUGAAUGAGUCUCAACACGGAGGAGAGGAGGAGGCUUUGAAUUCAUCUGAGGUUUCGGUGAAUGAACCACCAGCCACUGCUGUGACGGCAUUCAACCAUGCCAACUUGCAGACAGCCAAUGAUCGUACAUUGUUCCAACCACAACUAUCUCAAGAACAAGUGAAACCAGCUUGCAUUCCAACAAAGCCAACUCUUAGGGUUGUUAACACCUUUACAGCUCCCAACACUUCCAACAUCAAUUCGAAUGCAGUACUCGUCAACAACCCUUACAUUCCAUCAUCCUUGAAUGUGGUCCCUGCCUCUACAAGUAGUAGUUCACACAUCAACAAUGAGAACGUUGGCGUUGUCAAGACCACUCUUGAAAAAGCAUUCCAUUCAACACCUAACAAACCCUACCAACAACACUCCAAUGCCACUACUACUGCUUCGAGAAAACCCCUCGCCUUACUUUCAAAUCACCACAACAGCCAAUCCAUGAGUGUGCCAUCAACCACAAGUUUUCAACAACCCACGAAGAAACCAUUCAAGCAUCAUCAUGCUUCUCCACAACCCACUCCACAUUAUGCAAAAACUUUGGAUGAACUUGCAGCCACACCCUCUCCAUUUUCAAACUUUUCACAAAACAAAAAGGAAAUGGAUAUGAGUGUGUUAAGUACGCCAACAUUCCAGAGAAUGGAUCUCUUUGAAUUGGCAGAAAUGAAAUAA